AUGCCUGGCGCAAGCGUAGCAGUCAUGCCAACCUCGGCCGCAUCAACACCGGCUACCCGGAAAACCUCACUCGCCCCGGAGAGAAAGUACAAGUGCCAGUUUUGCAACCGGGCCUUCAGCAGGAGCGAGCACAGGAGCAGACAUGAGCGAUCCCAUACCAAAGAGCGGCCGUUCAAGUGUAUGAAGUGCCGCAGCACCUUUGUGCGCCGCGACCUUCUCCUCCGCCACGACCGUACUGUCCAUGCUAAAGACGGGGGCGUCCCCCUCCACAGCGACGGCAAGCGUCGCGGCGGCCCCAAGACCGCCCGCCCGGCCAGCGGCCCAUCCAAGUCGGCCAUUGCCAUCGAUGCUUCGGCUCUCGAGCAGAUCGAAGCCAGCAGCGACGGCGUUUUCGAUGUCGAGACCGCAGCCAUGCUUGUUGCUGACCUCCAUCAGAAGGCGACCGCAGCGGCCAGGGCGAACGGCCACUACGACGGCAGCUCGAACAUGUCCUUCUCGCAAGAGCCUUCAGUCACAUACCCCAACGGCGCGAUCGGCCUGUCGCAGUGGGAUGGCUUCAUGUCCCAAGAACAAAAGGCGCACUCGAUCAGCUCAGCUGCCUCGACGUCGUUCGAUGCGCAGAACUCCAGCCAGCCCCAUCCGCUCGCCGCGCAACAUCCCAAUGUCAUGGCUCCGGGCCUUCAGGCGCUUGUCAACUCGCUCCCCCCUUCGGCCACAGGCACACCGACUCCUCAGUCGCCUUUUCAGAUGCAGCGCACCCACACCCCGGUCGAUGCUGCCCAGCCCGCCGCGGGGUUCAGGGCCCCUCAAGUUCACAGCGAUGAGGAGCGGAACAUGAUCCUCGACAACAUCCGCGGCAGCGAUAGCGAACAUGCCAUCCCAGAGGGCUUCCGCGUACCGAAUCUGCCCUCGUUGAAUCGCUACCUGGCUACCUACUUUGGCCUGUUUCACCAUCACCUCCCGUUCCUGCACCCUGCCUCUUUUGAGCCGACCCGGGUGUCGCCCCCGCUACUUCUGGCUGUUUUGUCCAUCGGCGCUUUGUACGCGUUCGACCAGGAACAAGCCUACAUGCUCCACAUCGGGUCCAAGGUGCUCGUCAACCAGUUCCUGCAGAACAAGGAGAACUUCAGCUCCCGGAAGUGCCCGCUCUGGACCAUGCAGGGCUCGUUGCUCAACAUGAUCUUUGCCAGCUGGAGCGGUGACGCCAAGGGCCUCGAAUGGGCGUGCUCGAUCAAGAGCUUGCUUGCCAACAUGGUUGCUGGAAACAGAUACGAACUGAAGCUUCGGCAGGAAGCCCGCGAGGGUCGCCCCCCGACCCGCGCCGAGUGGGUCGAGGACGAAGGUUGCCGCCGUACAUACUACGCCGUCUACAUCUUCUUUGGUUUGUUGACGUUGACAUACAACCACACGCCGGCCAUGAGCUUCAACGAGUUUGAGGAUCUCCAGCUGCCGUCCACCGAGGCUCUGUGGAACAUCAAGGUCGGAGAGGAUGCCUGGCAAGACCACCUCAAGGUCUCCCCCAGCGUGACUUUUAUGAUGGCUCACGACAACCUCUUCCAGGGUGAGACGCUCAAGUACAGCGCUUUUGCGACUCGUGUGAUGAUCAACGCGCUCUUCCUCGAGGUCUGGUACCACAAGCGCAGCCCCGAGGCGCUGCAAGACGUGGUCACCGAGUACAAGCUGCGGCUUGCCCUCGAGACGUGGGAGAAGUCCCUAGAUCUCUGCGAGCCGGAGGCCUUCUCGGUACCGCUGAGCGCGCCUCACAAGGGGCAUCCUCUGAUCUUCAACGCCAAGGCCAUGUUCCGCAACGCGCGUGCCCGGCUGGAGGUGGACCUGAAGACGGUUCAGGAGGCGCUGCGGUACCACGACUCGUACGAGGUCGCGGCGGCCAUGUCGAACGCGAGAGACCGUGUGAAGCGCUCGAGCGAGAUGCUCAAGGUCAUCCAAGAGUGCUACAACUGCAUCGAGACGGCCGUUCUCCAGGGCGUCCGCUGGGUGGCCCGCACGUCGCCGACCAACUGGAGCAUCGAGCACCCGCUGUGCGGUCUGGAUCUCAUGAUCAUCCUCAGCCUGUGGCUGUACCGUCUGGAACACGACGAAGAGCCGGCCACAGAGGAGGAAUUGGUCAUGUACAACCGUAUCCGCCAGCUGUUCGACAAGGAUCUCGACGAAGGCUAUGUCACGCACUUGAGCACUGUCGUAGCCCGUCUCUGGGGCUCCAUGUUGGAUGAGGUGGUUGUUUGGGGAAUCACCCGAUUGAUGGGCGAAUCUUUCCGCCUCCACUCGCAAGCCUUGAUCGGCUAUGUGGACGAUGUCGCUGCAUCCUCCAGCGUCUCGACGCCGUCUAUGACCUCGCAGGGCGCGGACGAGGACAGCGUGUAUUAA